AUGCCCUUGUCAUCAGCAGCUCCACGCUCCUCCAAUGAAAAGCAGGAAGAUCUCUUGGACUUGGAUAUCUUCGGAGCAAAGGCGCUACUGGCUGAUAUCCAAGAGCCUAGUCCAACCCCUGCUCCUCCUGCUGAACCGCGUCUGGAGCGGACCUCCAAAAUGCACUCCACGGCAACACCCCAAAAAAAAGAGGAUGCCUAUCGCGCAACCAGAAACUACACUGCGAUCUCUCUUAAUUUCAUACGAUGA